AUGGAGAAAGGCAGGGCCAGUGACGUCCAGGAGACUCCUGUUUCCCUUCGACCCUCCCCAGCCGAUGCUACGCCGGGAUCCGCCCCGCAUCCUCAUACCUCCUCCUCCUUCUCUCACUCAUUAGCCUCAUCUCCUUCCGAAAAGGAAAAGGAAAAGAAGAUUGAUGACGAUUCCCGACCAGCCUCAAUAGCCAGUGUCAAGCAAGAAGAAGCGCAAAGCCUAGACACCUAUGAAGAUCUCGAACGCGCCAUCGCCGCGGACGACGGAGACAGCGACGACGACGACGACGAAGAAGAAGACGGAGAAGCCAUCCAGAAUGUUCUGACCCACAUCCGAACCGCCACCAGCAUAUGUAGCUCCGCUUCCCGGCCCCCGGACUACGAAGUCACCUUCGAGCCCGGCGACCCCGAGGACCCCCGGAACUGGUCCGUCUGGUACCGCAGCUGGACCAUCGGCGUGUUGUCCUACUCCAACUGGGUUAUCGUGCUGUACAGUACCAGCUACACCGCUGGGAUUCCCGGCUUGAUCAAGGACUUUAACGUCUCGACGCCCGUGGCUACUCUGGGACUUACUACGUAUCUCCUCGGUCUCGCUGCGGGGAGUCUGGUCGUGGCCCCGUUGAGCGAGCUUUACGGAAGGCAAAAGGUUUACCUUUGUUCCAUGGUCGCGUCGCUUUUGCUCAUCAUUCCUUGUGCGUUGGCUAAGACGCUGACCGAGAUGAUUGUUGUGAGGUUCUUUGGUCCGGGCUCCAUCGUCGACAUCAGCUCCGAAAAACACAGAGCUCUCGCCAUGUCCCUCUGGUCCAUCGCGCCCCUCAACGGCCCCGUAACUGGCCCCUUGGUCGGCGGCUUCAUCUUUCAGUACCUAGGUUGGCGGUGGAGCAACUGGAUCGUGCUGAUGCUCCAGGGCUUCAGCAUGCUCCUUCUCCUAACGCUGAGGGAAACCUACGCGCCGACCAUUCUCCAGCGGAAGACGGCGAGGAGGCGGAAGGAGACGGAUGAUGAGCGGUGGUGGUGCAAGUAUGACGAGAGGGUAUCGAAGUGGCAGUUGCUGAAAACGAAUAUGGCUCGGCCUUUCACUUUGAGCGCCACGGAGCCCAUCUUGUGGUUUUUCAACGUUUGGAUCUCCCUCAUUUAUUCUAUUCUCUACCUCUGUUUCCUCGCCUACCCCAUCAUCUUCUCCCAACAUCGCGGUUGGACCCCAGGUAUGACCGGCCUCUCCUUUAGCGGCAUCGGCAUCGGCACCCUCAUCGUCAUCUUCUGCGAACCCCUCUUCCGCCGCAUCAUCAACGCGCAACCUCGAGACCCCGAAACCGGCGCCAUCCUCCCCGAAGCCUCUGGGAGCAUCAUGACCCUCGGUGCUAUCCUCACGCCCCUCGGCCAGCUCGGCUUCUCCUGGACCGGCCUCCCCACCACCAUCCAUUGGGCCGCCCCCAUCGCCUUCGGCAUCCCCUUCGGCGCGGGGAACACCCUCUCGUUCAUCUACGGGUCAAAUUACCUCGCAUCCUCGUAUGGUAUCUACGCGGCGUCGGCGCUCGCUGGUAACGCCGUGUUCAGGAGCAUUCUUGGCGGCGUGCUACCCCUUGCGGGACCUAGCAUGUAUGCGAAGUUAACGCCGCAGUGGGCGGGUACGUUUCUGGGAUUGUUGGAGGUCGCUAUGAUUCCGAUCCCGUGGGUGUUUUGGAGGUAUGGGGCGAGGAUCCGGGCGAAGAGUCGCGUGCUUGUGCAGAUGAGGGAGGAGCAGGAGGCGGCGGAGAGGAAGAGGGAGAGGUAUGAGGCUUGGAGAGAGAGGAGGGAUAGGAGAGAGGCGAUGCGGGCUGCCCAGGUUGCCCAGGUUGUGUGA